AAAUAAAGGAGAAAAAGAAACAAAUCAGAAAAGAGCUAAAAGGGGUUGAGUUGCCGAUCCCACAAGAAACUCCGACAGCCUAAACCCCAAAAGAAUAAAGAUCAAGAAUUUCAAUUUGCGAACACCCUUCAGUGCCCUCACCUGAAAAUUCUUUCUGGAAUCCACUUCUGCUCUUCGUUUCCAAAUAUUUUGACAUUGUUAAUGUUAGUCCUAGUUGGUUCUGCUUUGUAGUAAGCCUCCUCUUCUGUGGCCUCCCAGAAAACCCUUGACCCCCAAAUUCCUCUGGAUCCAAGCCCUGGUUUUGUACAAUGGCUGCUGCGGCGACUAUGGUUAGCUCGGCGGGGGGGCUACUGGCGAUGCUGAACGAGAGCCACCCGGCUCUUAAGCUACACGCGCUCUCCAAUCUCAAUGCAUUUGUUGACUACUUCUGGCCGGAGAUCUCCACUUCCGUCCCCAUCAUAGAAAGUUUAUAUGAAGAUGAAGAGUUUGACCAGAGGCAACUAGCUGCCUUGCUUGUCUCGAAGGUUUUCUAUUAUUUGGGUGAACUUAAUGACUCAUUGUCAUAUGCCCUGGGAGCUGGCCCUCAAUUUGAUGUGUCAGAGGAUUCAGAUUAUGUCCAUACCCUUCUUGCCAAAGCAAUUGAUGAAUAUGCCAAUCUGAAGACUAAAGCAGCUGAGGCAAAUGAUGAAUUAGCAGUGGUUGACCCUAGACUGGAGGCAAUUGUCGAGAGAAUGCUGGAUAAAUGUAUAGCAGAUGGAAAAUUUCAACAAGCUAUAGGAAUGGCCAUUGAAUGUAGACGAUUGGAUAAGCUUGAGGAAGCAGUUAUAAGGAGUGAUAAUGUUCAUGCUACUAUUAAUUAUUGUAUUGAUGUGUCUCAUUCCUUUGUCAACCGAAGAGAAUAUCGUCUUGAGGUGCUCCGUCUUCUUGUCAAAGUGUAUCAGCAACUGCCAUCUCCUGAUUUUCUGAGCAUUUGCCAGCGCCUAAUGUUUCUGGAUGAGCCUGAGGGUGUUGCAAGCAUAUUAGAGAAACUCUUGCGAUCAGAAAAUGCAGAUGAUGCACUGUUGGCAUUCCAGAUAGCAUUUGAUCUGGUGGAAAAUGAACACCAAGCUUUCCUUUUGAAGGUGAGAGAUAAACUUCCCAGUGCCAGGUCACAGCCUUUAGGUCCUGUGCAGUCAGGAUCUCCUCAGCCAGAUUCUGUGCCAAGUGGAAAUGUCCUAUCAGAGGAUGUUCAAAUGACAGAUGGAACUCAAGCAGAUGGUGGUGCAACAAGUCCCGAUCCAAGUGAAGUAGUUUAUGCUGAGAGAUUAACAAAGAUAAGAGGAAUUUUGUCUGGCGAGACUUCUAUACAGUUGACUUUACAAUUCUUAUACAGUCAUAACAAAUCGGAUCUUCUUAUUCUUAAGACAAUAAAGCAGUCUGUUGAGAUGAGAAAUAGUGUGUGCCAUAGUGCAACUAUAUAUGCUAAUGCUAUUAUGCAUGCGGGAACAACUGUGGAUACAUUUCUUCGUGAGAAUCUGGACUGGCUGAGUAGGGCUACGAAUUGGGCUAAGUUUAGUGCAACUGCAGGACUUGGGGUUAUCCACAGAGGCCAUCUGCAGCAAGGGAGAUCUCUCAUGGCACCUUACUUGCCGCAAGGCGGCGCUGGUGGUGGCGGCAGUCCAUACUCUGAAGGUGGAGCAUUAUAUGCUCUUGGCUUAAUCCAUGCAAACCAUGGGGAGGGCAUCAAACAAUUUCUUCGCGAGAGCCUCCGUAGUACUAAUGUUGAGGUUAUUCAGCAUGGUGCCUGCCUGGGUCUUGGUUUGGCAGCUUUGGGGACUGCUGAUGAUGACAUUUUUGACGACAUAAAAAACGUGCUUUACACAGACAGUGCUGUUGCCGGUGAAGCUGCUGGUAUUAGUAUGGGUUUAUUGAUGGUUGGAACUGCAAGUGAGAAAGCUAGUGAAAUGCUUGCUUAUGCACAUGAGACACAGCAUGAGAAGAUUAUUAGGGGUUUGUCAUUGGGGAUUGCGCUUACAGUUUACGGAAGAGAGGAAGAAGCAGACACGCUCAUUGAGCAAAUGACUCGAGACCAAGAUCCUAUAUUACGUUAUGGAGGAAUGUAUGCUUUGGCAUUGGCAUACAGGGGAACAGCAAACAAUAAAGCCAUACGUCAACUGCUGCACUUUGCUGUAUCAGAUGUGAGUGAUGAUGUCAGACGGACUGCGGUGCUUGCCCUGGGGUUUGUUCUGUAUUCCGAGCCUGAACAGACUCCUCGAAUUGUGUCGUUGUUGUCUGAGUCCUAUAAUCCACAUGUUCGUUAUGGUGCGGCACUGGCGGUUGGAAUUUCUUGUGCAGGUACUGGUCUUAGUGAGGCCAUAUCAUUGCUCGAGCCAUUGACAUCAGAUGUUGUUGACUUUGUUCGUCAAGGUGCUCUGAUUUCAAUGGCAAUGGUGAUGAUACAGAUCAGUGAAGCCAGUGAUUCUCGUGUUGGUGCAUUCAGGCGGCAAUUGGAGAAGAUAAUCCUUGAUAAGCAUGAAGACACAAUGAGCAAGAUGGGUGCAAUUUUAGCUUCUGGAAUCCUGGAUGCUGGUGGGAGGAAUGUAACCAUCAAGUUACUUUCAAAGACAAAACAUGAUAAAAUUACGGCAGUUGUUGGUCUGGCUGUGUUCACUCAGUUUUGGUACUGGUACCCACUUAUAUAUUUUGCUAGUCUUGCAUUUUCACCUACAGCUUUUAUUGGUUUGAACUAUGACCUGAAAGUGCCCAAGUUUGAGUUCCUAUCACACGCAAAGCCAUCAUUGUUUGAGUACCCAAAGCCUACUACUGUGCCUACUACUACAUCAGCUGUUAAGCUACCUACUGCAGUUUUAUCAACCUCAGCAAGAGCCAAGGCCAGGGCUAAUAAGAAAGAAGCUGAGAAAGCAAAUGCUGAGAAGACAAAACCAGGGUCUGGAAAGGGGAAAAUGGGUGACAAGGAUGGGGACUCCAUGCAGGUUGAAAGCACUGUAGAGAAGAAGGCUGAACCUGAGCCUUCAUUUGAAUUAUUGACCAACCCUGCCAGGGUGGUUCCUUUCCAAGAAAAAUUCAUCAAAUUUCUUGAAGACAGCAGAUAUGUGCCAGUGAAGUCGGCCCCUUCAGGAUUUGUGCUGUUAAAAGAUCUUCGUCCAAGUGAACCUGAAGUAUUAGCUCUCACUGAUGCUCCAUCAUCCACAGCAUCAAAUGCUGGUGCAUCAGCCACUGGACAGCAGAGCUCGGCCUCGGCAAUGGCAGUUGAUGAAGAACCUGCACCACCCCAACCAUUUGAAUAUACAUCUUAGUUUGUUUACACGGGAGAGCUCUCUUUCUUUAUGGAAGUUCCUAUGGAGAGGCUUGAUACAUUCGAACCUGCCUGAAAGUAUGUAAUCAAUGACCAGUCUUCUGCAAAACCUUGAAAUUGAAGCUGAUCAAGUCAAGCUGCUGGGAUUUUGCUCUUUCUGUGCGCCACUUCUCACUUUCUUGCUGUAUGUUGUAUUCUCUGAAAGAAUGGCAGGAGCGGAAACUGCAACACUGGAGUUUCCAUCCAGAAGAGGUGUAGGAUAUGGACAUGCAUUUUCACUGCAAGGUGCAUCUAUUUACACGU